AAAGCUCUGUCAAGGACCUACAUGAAGAGUGCCAUCACUCAGAGAGACACUUUGACCUGUCCAGCUCUCUCAUCGGACUCAUAGACGGCAGCUUUGUGAUGGGUAACCUGCUGUUCCUGGCUGUGAUCAGCCAUUUUGGGGCGAAGCUGCACCGGCCCAGGCUCAUUGCUAUUGGCUGUUUCCUCAUGGCUGUAGGAUCCUUCCUCACAGGCCUGCCACACUUCUUCCUGGAACGGGCUAUCAGGAGAGCUACCCAAUCCCAGAGGGCCACUUCAUCAGUGAUGCCAGACUUCUGCAGAUGCAGAGAGCUGAGAGAGAGGCCAUGGAAGCAAAGCAAAGAAAGAUAAGUGCUAUCCAUGAGAAUUAUGUCCGGACUGCUCUCAUCGGGGUUGGCAGCACCUUCGCGCACCACUUCGUCCCCUCUAUUCAGUGCAUUCCGCGGCCGAAAGCUCCACCGAGGCCUUUGCCACGAAGGCUUGAACACAUAGCUCUGGCCCCACUGAAGAACGUGGUGGGGGUGGACGGAGCCCAAGGUCGACCCGGAUCUCACUCUCUGGAGUCCAUCCAGGUAAAUAAAUCAUUCAGCAGCAGUAGCGUGUGGCCUGUUCCCGUCCCUCCCACUGGAGCUCCCUCCAAGAGGGGCAAGAAGAAGGAGGGCAGGCGGGGAGUCAAAGCCCUGAAAGUCCAGUCGGACCAGGGCUGUGCAGACAACAACGGACCCAUUGACCUGAUGGAGGAGGUGAGGGACAUCGAGGCUCACCUGAAGGAGGAGGCCUGGAAGGUGGUACAUGAGGUGAAGGCCAUGGGCAGAAGAAGUUUGGGCUCGGACAUGUCCAUGGGGGAAAUAGUCACCAGCUCUCUGGGAAGCCUGAGCUCAGUGGAUAUGAACACCCCUGCCGAGCUCCGUGACUACUUGGAUGUUGGGACCCCGGUAAAGGCGCGUGACAGCCCACCCAGGCCUGCUCCCCCACCUACCAAGCCCAGGAGCAAACAGCCUCGGCCUAUAAGGUUCCUUAGCCUGGCAAAGGCUGCCACCGGCUCAGACAAGAAGGCAGCCAGUGAGCCAAAGAGCCAAAUUAGGAACCAGGCCAGAUUGCAGCCCCUGUCCAACCCAGAGCAGGACCUGACUAAGACCUUCAAGCUGCUCCACUCUGCCUCUGAUGACUGGGAGAAGAAGAUCGAGGGCUUGACCUCUCUCCGUGUUAUGGCUCAGAACCACAUGGACAUACUGAUGCCUAAACUCCAUGAUAUCUGCCUUGCCAUUAUAAAUGAGGUGAAGAACCUGCGCUCUGCAGUGUCCUGUGCUGCCAUGGCCACACUGGGUGACAUGUACGUACACCUCCAGAGGGCCAUGGACAGUGAGGUGGAGGGACGGCACGCGUGCUGCUCCACAAAGCCAGCGAGGCCAACACCUUCAUCCGGCACGGCGCCAACUUUGCCCUGGGUCACAUGGUGCAGAGCUGCACCCCUACCCGUGUCAUGAAUGCCCUGCUGGUCGGUGGGCUGAGCCACCGUAACGCUGCUGUGAGGAGCUGCACUGCUCAGCACCUGGAGAGACUGGCUGAGGUCAUGGGGACGACUCGUCUCCUGUCGGGGAAGAAAGGCCUCACUGACCGUUUCUUGAUUGCCGUCAGUAAAUUGGCUGUGGACCCUGCACAGGAAGUCAGGCAUCAUGGUCGCAAUAUCUUGA